AUGAACGCCGAGCAUUUAGAUGCUCGAUUUUCUCUUUUUGUGUUCAUUGUGAUGUGUGUGUGUGUGUGUCAAUAGGAGGUGGAUCCGACGCACCGGGAGGCCGUUCCAGAUUCCGCGCGAGCAAUUGGCUGCUCGUGAACUUUGUUUGUCCGCGCGCCCCGGUCGCGCACGCCACGCACUUAGGAUGUCUCGCGCUCUUCGGAAUCACCGGUAGAUUAGCGAGAUCCUCCACACGCGCAGUGCGCAACGUGCAGGUCAGGAUAGAGCGCGUCGCGUGCAACCAGACAGACAGCGAGAGAAAUUAAAGGUAACCGGAGAGAUGACGGAGAAACGGAUGUCGCGCUGGUAUUUCGGUGGGAUCGCGUCGUGCGGAGCCGCCUGCUGCACGCACCCGCUGGACCUGGUCAAGGUGCACCUGCAGACACAGCAGGAGGUGAAGAUGAGGAUGGUUGGCAUGGCGAUGCACGUGGUGAAGAACGACGGUGUGCUGGCGCUUUACAACGGCCUCAGCGCUUCGCUCUGCAGACAGAUGUCGUAUUCUCUCACCAGGUUUGCCAUCUAUGAGACGGUCAGAGACAUGAUGGGCAGCGGCGGUCAGGGACCAAUGCCUUUCUAUCAGAAAGUCCUGCUGGGCGCGUUUGGAGGCUUCACCGGCGGUUUCAUCGGGACUCCGGCAGAUAUGGUGAACGUUCGGAUGCAGAAUGACAUGAAGCUUCCUGCAGAUCAGAGGAGAAACUAUAAACACGCGCUGGACGGACUCUUCAGGGUCUGGCGGGAAGAGGGAACCAGGAAGCUGUUCUCAGGAGCCACUAUGGCGUCCAGCAGAGGAGCCCUGGUCACUGUCGGACAGCUGGCAUGUUAUGAUCAGGCCAAGCAGCUGGUGUUGGGCACAGGACUCAUGGGAGAUAAUAUACUCACACACUUCCUGUCCAGCUUCAUCGCUGGAGGUUGUGCGACAUUCCUCUGCCAGCCGCUGGAUGUAAUAAAGACAAGAUUAAUGAACUCUAAAGGAGAAUACAGAGGUGUGAUCCACUGCCUGACUGAAACUGCCAGACUGGGACCACUAGCCUUCUACAAGGGUUUAGUUCCGGCCGGGAUCCGCUUGAUCCCUCACACGAUCCUGACGUUCGUCUUCCUGGAGCAGCUGAAGAAAUACUUCGGCAUCCGGGUGGUCAGCUGAACUUUGACCUCUUGACCUUGUCCCUUUGGCCUCCUCUCCAAGCUGCACUCGCUUCCACAAUAUUAUUUCUGGAAAAUCUCACACUACACACAAUGCUGCAUACAUCAUAACGAAAGAUGACUGAUCACUAUCCGAGGGCCAAACCCGUCCGGAGAGGAACGACUGUACGCUCAUCUCUUCAGGGUGAGCUGUAGAUUAUAGAUGUUGUCUAUCAGGAUAGAUGUGUUUUCUAGUUCAUGAAUUAAUGAUUCUGAUUAUUAAGCUGUUCUUAAAUCCUUCUUUUGCAACAUGACGAGAUGUUUUAAAGGAAUAGUUCACUCGUUUACUCACCUGCACGUUGUUCUAAACCUGGACAGUGUUCUCUAUGCUGAACAUGUGUUUUUGUUUUCCUCUGAAUACUGUUCGAUUAAACUGAUUUGUUAGGGUGAGUAAAUUCUAACAGAUUGUUUUUGCUGUGUGAACUAUUUCUUUAAGACACAAGAUGCACACAAACAGAACGGUCCAUACUGCUUUAAGGUUUUUAAAUGGUUACGUUCAGUCUGCAUGUAUUGUGUUAAACUGUUUUAAUUGUACAAAUACUGUAUCUUCGACUAUUUUCUAGAUUUGAUUCACAGCACUUAUGAGGGGACAGAAUACAACCAAGUUUUACUUUUAAAUCCAAAAUGAGGAGCAUCAUAGAAGAAAAACAAAACAUUAAACAACAGACUGAUGUGGAUUCAAUAGUGUAUUUGCAGUGUGAAAGAUGAGUCAGACUUCUGUACUUGGUGCUGUACUUUCAUUUUUUUUUCGUGAUAUUUAUGUUCUUUCUGUAAUAUUUCUGCUGGAAACCUCAUGGACCCUUGCCUCAUCUGUGACUGGAAUAAUGCUUGAUCUAUUGUAAUUUCUGCAAAUACAACUGUAGUUGUUUUAGUGUUGAGGUAAUAAGGGCAUUUAGUGAAUAAGUUGCACAAAUGACUUCAGUAGUAAUUGUUUGUGGUUGGGUCCUGAAUAUCUGGAUUUAUCCUGAACUAAUCAUGUAAUAACACAAUAUUUAUCACAAAUUUAGUUUAACUUAAUAUUUUAGAUUAAGUUGGUAAAUUACCAUAUUGGUAUAUGCUUAAAAACUGGCUUUUUUUGAUGAUUUUACACUAAGAAUGAAAUUGAACACUGGAGGAGCCUUCUCUAUCGGUGUCCAGCAGAGGGCGCGCUCGUGCAGUGAAUGUGUGCGCAUGCGUGAAAGCGCAGAGCAGCUUGUGUGCAUCGAGGGUUUGCAGAUGUGGGUACGAACAGUUUUUUAUAAUAGAAAUGUAUUUGUAAUUUAGGGUUUGAAAAUGGAAUUUAGGGUUAUUAAUUGAAAUUUAGGGUUUUUGAAAAUCAAAUGCUUGAACUGAAUGGAAUUGAGCUGCUCUCUGUCUCGAGAAAAAUGCAAAUAUUAAACUAAGUGAGCUAUAAAACUGGUCUAAACUGCAA